AAAGGUGCCAGGGACUUGCUCACAUCAAGCACCUGACUGCUUUCUUGGAGACCAAGAAAAUGAACGUUUGUUUCCACAUUUACCCCAGCAAUCUAUGAGAUCAGGGCACUGACAGAAAGGAUGUUCAAACAUCUUCGAAGAUGGUUUGUCACUCACAUAUUUGGGCGUUCUCGGCAACGAGCAAGGCUGGUCUCCAAAGAUGGAAGGUGUAACAUUGAGUUUGGCAAUGUAGAUGCACAGUCGAGGUUUAUAUUCUUUGUGGACAUCUGGACAACUGUUCUUGACCUGAAAUGGAGGUACAAAAUGACCGUGUUCAUCACAGCCUUCUUGGGGAGUUGGUUCCUCUUCGGUCUCCUGUGGUAUGUCGUAGCAUAUGUUCAUAAGGAUCUCCCAGAGUUCUACCCACCCGACAACCGUACUCCUUGUGUGGAGAACAUUAAUGGCAUGACUUCAGCUUUUCUGUUUUCUCUAGAGACCCAAGUGACCAUAGGUUAUGGAUUCAGGUUUGUGACGGAACAGUGUGCCACUGCCAUUUUUCUGCUUAUCUUCCAGUCUAUUCUUGGAGUGAUCAUCAAUUCUUUCAUGUGCGGUGCCAUUUUAGCCAAGAUCUCUAGACCCAAAAAACGUGCAAAGACCAUUACGUUCAGCAAGAAUGCAGUGAUCAGCAAACGUGGUGGGAAGCUCUGCCUCCUCAUCCGAGUGGCCAAUCUUAGGAAGAGCCUUCUGAUUGGCAGUCACAUAUAUGGCAAGCUUCUGAAGACAACCAUCACUCCUGAAGGAGAGACCAUUAUUUUGGAUCAGACCAAUAUCAACUUCGUAGUCGACGCUGGCAAUGAAAAUUUGUUCUUCAUCUCCCCACUGACCAUCUAUCACAUUAUUGACCACAACAGCCCUUUCUUCCACAUGGCAGCAGAAACGCUUUCCCAGCAGGACUUCGAGUUGGUCGUCUUUUUAGAUGGCACUGUGGAAUCAACCAGUGCAACCUGCCAGGUCCGCACAUCGUACGUCCCAGAGGAGGUGCUUUGGGGCUACCGCUUCGUUCCCAUCGUAUCCAAGACCAAGGAAGGGAAAUACCGAGUGGAUUUCCAUAACUUUGGUAAGACGGUGGAAGUGGAGACCCCUCACUGUGCCAUGUGCCUCUAUAAUGAGAAAGACGCAAGGGCCAGGAUGAAGAGAGGCUAUGACAACCCUAACUUUGUCUUGUCAGAAGUUGAUGAAACAGAUGACACCCAAAUGUAGCGGUGGCUUUUCCACCUACAAAAGGCCUUUCAAGGACCUAUGUAUGGGCUAUAGCUGUGUUCAGAAGCACCCAGCAGUUGGGGGUCUGAAAGCAGGAUGAGAACCUGCAAGGUCUACCAGCACAGUCACCCC